AUGUCCCUCCUCGACCUCCUCCUCCUCGUCUUCUCCUGUCUCACAAUCACCCACGCGCACAACAUCCAGCUCCGCGCGCACUCGCGAGAAUGCUUCCACGAAUCCCUCCACAAGGACGACAAAAUGACCGUGACGUUCCAAGUAGGCGAUAGGGAGUUCGGUGGCAGCGGAAACCUGGACAUCGACUUCUGGAUUCAGCAGCCCAACGGCGCAUACCAGAUUCACCAGACGUCGGUGUCGUCGGGGGAUCACUCGUUUGAUGCGACGCAGGAUGGGAGGUACAUGUAUUGCUUCAGCAAUGAACAUUGGUCGGCGAACUCGAAGGAGGUGAGCUUCAAUGUGCAUGGGAUAGUGUACGUGCCGGAGUCCGAGGCACCGCAGGAUCCGUUGGAGAAGGAGGUUCGUCAGAUGUCACAGCUCCUGGAGCAGGUGAAGGAUGAACAGGGCUACAUCGUUGUCCGCGAGCGGACGCACCGCAACACCGCCGAGUCAACCAACUCUCGUGUCAAAUGGUGGAGCAUUUUCCAGUUGGGCGUGCUCAUAGGAGAGGGUGUGUUUCAGGUCUGGUGGUUGAAGCGCUUCUUUGAGGUCAAACGCGUCGUUUAA